AUGACUUCAUUAGCUACCCUCAUCUACUAUCCUCGUUCCAUUGGAUUACUCUCAACUGGUCUUUUUUCUGGGAUGACUGCAGGAGUUUUAACAAUAAGCGUGCCCGCUAUCAAGGCAAGUAAAGACCCUUUACCGGCCUUUGUCACAACCUAUAAACAAGGCGCAAAAUUUGCCAUGGUGACUAUUUUGACAGCCACCGCUUCUAAUGGAUACUGUUACUACAAGACAAAGAAUAACAAAUACCUCUAUGCCGCACUAUUGGCUUUCUUUAGUGCACCUUGGACCGCGUUCGUCAUAGCUCCUGUCAACAAUCAAUUAUUUGCUCUUCAAAAGGAUAGUACAUAUGAUGUUAAUCAAGUGAAUCAGUUUGUUGAUAAAUGGGCAGUGUUGCACUCUGCUAGAGCUAUUGCUGGAGCUGCUGCUUUCCUUGUUAGUGUCGUGAUGUAA